GCCCUACCCUGCCCUGCGGAUGUGGCGCCGCGAGCCGGCGGUGAGUGUGGAGCGGGUGGUGGGGCUGUGUUGUCGGCGCCGCCGCCGUGGGGGAGGAGCCUGCCCCUGUCCGCCCAACCCGUGAGGCUGCCGGGGCGGGGAGAGCCACGGGCCGGGGGUCCGGGCGGGGCUGGGGGCGGCCUCUUCUUGGCUGCGGUCCGGGGGGAGGUUGUGUCUGUCAGUGCGCUGCGGCCGUGCAGCUCCUUGAAAGGAGAGGCUACGGAGGGAGCUAGGCAGGCGGGCUGGCCUGCUGGGCCGCCCUGAUACGGUGCCAGAGCUGCUGGCCGGGCGGUGGUCCCGUGGGCUGGACAGACCUCGUGUCCCCCUAGCCAGGCUUACCCGGCUGUGUGAGCUCUGCUGUGCGACAGUGGGAGAGUAGGGGUCUCACUGAGUCUGUGCUAGGCCUUGCAUGCACCAAGUCAAGCUAACUACUUCGUUAUGUCCCCCUGACUCGGUGCUGGGUCUUGCAUUUGCUGAAUCAAAUCAGCUUUGUGGUAUCAACCUCGCAAGCACAGGUUUGAAGAGGGCUUCAGCGCUCCUCUGGGUUUCAGAAGCAGUAAGGCUGCAGUGGCUAACAGCAGGUCCUGCUCGCUCACUGCACCGACCGCAGGGAUUGUGGAUAAGUGGUAGGAGCCAGCUUCCACACAGCACGGCGUGCACACUGAGGCCGUUCUCAGGCUGGAAAGGAUGGCUGGAAGUUGGCUGGUGCAGGCCCUGCGUUGGCUGGGACACCCAGAAGUGCUCUUCUGAAGGGAUGUUCACAAUAUUCACCAAUUACCAGUGCCCCUCAGUGUUGAAAUAUGCACGCAGGUUCUUAAAAGAUGAAGGAGACUUGGUCUUUCUUGGAUGCUCUUGAGCCUAACUUCAGGCCUCUGGUAGUAAUUGAGCUCGCAAAAGGAACCAAAAAGGAAACCAUAGAAUGGUUCACUAAAAGAAUAGUGGACAAAAAGGCCAAUGGAGGUGCACAACUGCUGAUUAAACCGUUGGUUACAGAAAACGGAGAUGAAAAUAUUUAUCUAGUUGGAGCUUCCCACUUAAGGCUGUUGCUGGGAGCUGAAACUGUGGGUUUGGUGAAGGAGUGUAAUGAUAAUUCAAUGAGAAGUUUCACAUACAGCAGUAGAAAAACUUUCAAAGAUUUUGCAGAUGACAACCACAAUUUCCUUACAAUGUCAGAAUGUCAGUAUAUCAUCAAACAUGAGCUUGAAAAUUUGAGAGCUAGAGAUGAAAAAAUGAUCCCUGGAUAUCCACAGGCAAAGCUAUAUCCAGGAAAAUCAAUUGUGAGAAGAUUAUUGACCAAUGGUAUUCUAGUUCAGAUUUUCCCACUCCAUGACAGAGAAGAAUUGAAAAAGCUCCGACACACGUGGUAUGGCCGAGUCAAAAUUGGCUAUCAACCUUUAGAUGAGAUACGCUCCUACUUUGGUGAAACCAUUGCUCUCUACUUUGGCUUCUUAGAGUAUUUCACGUUUGCAUUGAUUCCGAUGGCUGUCAUUGGAAUUCCUUACUAUGUGUUUGCAUGGGAAGAUUAUGACAAAUAUGUAAUGUUUGCCACGUUCAACCUGCUGUGGUCCACUGUGAUCCUGGAAGUUUGGAAGCGGAUUUGCGCUGUGAUGACCUACCACUGGGGGACACUGUUGAUGAAGCGGCAGUUUGAAGAACCAAGGCCAGGUUUCCACGGUGCUUUGGGUAUCAAUCCUGUCACUGGGAGGGAGGAACCGGUGUAUUCAAGUAUUAAGAGACAGUUACGCAUUUAUCUGGUGUCCGUACCGUUUGUGUGCCUUUGCCUCUACUUCUCACUGUAUGUGAUGAUGAUCUACUUUGACUUGGAACACUGGGCUCUGGAUUAUCAUGAGGAGAAUAAGUCCACCUUCAGCAGCUUGAUGCUAUAUGUGCCCAGUAUCAUAUAUGCUGUCGUGAUUGAAAUUAUGAACCGUAUCUAUAGGUAUGCUGCUGAAUUCUUAACAUCGUGGGAAAAUCACAGGCUGGAGUCUUCAUAUCAGAAUCAUUUAAUUCUGAAGGUUUUAGUGUUCAACUUCUUGAAUUGUUUUGCAUCUCUCUUCUACAUUGCUUUUGUGCUGUUUGAUAUGAAACUUCUGAGACAGAGCUUGGCCACUUUACUGAUAACUUCACAGAUCCUCAAUCAGUUUGCAGAAUCCCUGCUUCCUUACUGGCUCCAGAAGAGACACGUGAAGAAGAUGAAGAAACACAUGCAUUCUCUGAAAACAGAUGCGGACCUGUCAUUGGUUGAACAAGUCAACUUGGAAAAAGAAAUGGGCACCUAUUUUGGUACUUUUGAUGAUUACUUGGAGCUGUUUUUACAGUUUGGCUACGUCAGUCUUUUCUCGUGUGUUUAUCCGCUGGCCGCUGUCUUUGCAGUGUUAAACAACGUCACAGAGAUAUAUUCUGAUGCCUUAAAAAUGUGUAGAGUUUACAAGCGUCCAUUUGCAGAACCCACAGCAAAUAUCGGUGUUUGGCAGUUGGCUUUUGAAACUAUGAGUGUAAUAUCAGUAGUUACUAACUGCGUACUGAUUGGAAUGUCUCCACAAGUGAAUGCCCUUUUCCCGGACUCAAAAAUGGAUCUUGUUUUGACUGUGGCAUUGGUAGAGCACUUGCUACUAGCAAUAAAGUUUGUCAUGGCAUUUGUAAUUCCUGAUAAACCAAGAGAGAUACAGAUAAAGCUGGCCAAGUUGGAAUUUGAAUCUCUAGAGGCUCUCAAACAACAGCAAAUGAAAGUCGCUGCUGAGUCACUGAAGGAGUAAACACAGAGGAGCGAAGAUGACUACAGCAGUCAUGUGUGGACGUGGGCACUCCUUUGAGCCUUUGUUUAUGAUUCUGAGUAGCGCUCCGUGCGCACCACACUAUUCUGUGUAUCUGCAGGUGCCACCUGCUUGUGUGAUACCUGGUAAAUACUCACUGCUUCAGGUUGUGAAAAAGAGAUCACUUCUCCUACUCCUCUUUUUUUUCCCCUACGUACGCCAGUUUGCGGAGCUGACACUACACAAAGUUAUCCAGCCUGCACAAGGGCUGGCUGAAGGCUGCCGGACCCAGCACACUUCAACUGAUGGAAAACAGAAGUUGGGAUAAGCAUCCCCAAGCCACCUGGAGACUUCAGCUGUGAGCUUGUGAAAGAAAACAGAAAGAUAAAGGUGGAGCAGCACUUAAUUCAGUGCACUGCCUCUUGGGCCCGUGGCCUGCUUUGUCCCUUUAUGAUGAUAGUUAAUCAAUCCUCUCUUUUAUUCAACCACUGCUGAUUAGCUAUUUUUCGAACGUGUAAAUUAACAUGCUAUUAUGUAAUGAAAUAUGACUGUUCCUGACAUUAGAAACAUUUAAACGUAAAUAUAAGGUGUGCAUUACAUGUUCCUCUGUGCUAGUUACCCAAAUAAGAGCAAGUUAAAGCCUUCCUCACAGCCAGGUAAAACCAUUGAGUACUGAGCAGUAAUUAAUGAAGAUUAAGCAGCAGAUAUUUAUGUAUUAAUUUUUUUCAUUUACGUUUGUUUUUGGUGUCACUUCCUUGGGCCUUGAACCACAGUGCUGUAGUCAGGGCUGUUCUGGUUAAAUGAACUCCUGGAACAGCACAAUUAGACAUGAUACACCAGUACCCAUGUGCGCGGUGAACAUUCAUUUUUUUUUCCACCCCUUCAUUUCACAGAACGGUCAUUUUUGUAACAUUUCAUUGCUUUCUGAUAGUGACAGGACCAAAAUGCCUCCUAACCAUGUGUAAUCUAUAUUUUCCAGCUGUGACCUUCAUUUGCAGUAGGUGUACCAUACCUGUGCAUGACACACCCAAGGCUGUGUGUAAAGUUACCAUUGCAGAUUUCUGCCCCGUGUUUUGCUCCUGCUGCCUGGUCAGCACGGUUAUAGUGAGAAACCUGGGGGAUGGUUCCUCUUGAUAUGUGAGCCUGUAAGGGCUGCUGUGACUGGAGCCUGCUGUCUUCUGCUUGGUAUUGCUUUCAGACUGUGAAGUGGGCAGGUUUGUGAUAGCAGCUGCAUGGGCCAUCUGUGAAAACGCCCCAGGAUUGGCUGGAAAAGGAAUCAGGUUGCAUCUCAGCUGUAGUCACAUGAAAGAAAGAAGUAAUGGCUCAAAGCUGACUUUGUACUUGUCUUUGUAGUCAUUGCAUUCUUCCAGUUUUCUGCAGCCCAACAGGAAAAUCUGUAGUAAGGUUUGGGUACCUGGUGAUGUGAGCAACCUUGGCAGCCGUCCUUGCCUUGAGCAAAGCCGUUCACUUCUGCUCAGUAUUCUUAUUUAGAAAUGGGGAUGAUAACGUGGAUUUUCUGCCUACAGCCAGGUGGUGUGGAGGCACUACACCCUCCAUAGCAUGUGAGCGAGGGGUAUGGCAAUCCUUUGUGUUACAGAGAGUAGUUUGUCCUGGAGAACACGCUGUGCAGCAGCUGCAGUGCUAAAAUCACGAUAGAGCAUUUCUGAUUCAUGGAUGAACUAUUACCUGGAUGGUGCUGAGUUGUAUUUUGUCACCAAACCGCUCCUGAAACAUGAGAAAGAAUAAAUAAGGUAUUUACUGGUGA